GCACGUUCUUUAACACGUUUUUAUUACUAUCUACAUAUCAACUUUCUAAUAGUAUAGUUCUUUUUUCAUAAGGAACACGUGGGCUUAAUCGUUUAAUUAAUAUUAAUACUGUUUGAUCAUGGAAACUAGCAAUAAAAUACAAUAUUUGAUCGUGGAUACAAGUGCUUUUAUUAAAAAUGCAGCUCUGCAAGAAAUUGGUGUUAAUAUUAUAACCGAGAAGGAUGUGGUUAGCGAGAUUACCAAUAAACGCCAAUUGCGAAGGCUGGUUGUACUUCCAUAUGAUUUAAGUGUUCAAAGUGCAUUUCCAGAAAACAUUAAGUUUGUUACUGAAUUUGCUAAGAAAACGGGUGAUUAUACGAGUUUAUCUGCCACUGAUGUUAAAGUAAUUGCACUUACUUAUCAAUUAGAAAAAGAAAAAGUAGGUACAGAACAUUUGAAGGAAGCUCCGACCAUUGUAAAAACUAUUAACAGUGCAAAACGUAAUAAAAAUCGUUCAAAACCUAUUGUUGGAUUUUAUAUGCCAAAGAAAAAACUAAACAGAACAAAUGAAACUAAAGAUAAAAAAAAUAUAACGCAAAAUGAAGAAGAAGAAGAAGUAUAUAUUGAUUCUAUUCAAGAAUAUCUAGAUCCAAUUGAUACUGUACAAAAUGUGGAUCAACAAAAAAAUGAAGAAAAUGAGAACGUAACAAAAAGUCAAGAAAAUGAGAAAAACAAAAAAGAUGAAGAAUAUCGGGAAUACGAAGAAGACGAAGAAGAUGAAGAUGAGAGAGAAGAUGAACUUUCAUCAGAUGCCACAGAAUCUUCUGAUGAAUAUGUAUCUGAUUAUGAAACAGCAACAUCAGAUAUAGACUAUGACAAAGAUAUUGAAACAGAAGAUUUAGCAGAUAAAUUUUCGAAUCUCAAUUGUGAACCAGCUCAAUUAGAAGUUCAGAGUGAGGAUGGAAAUAUGCAUAAUGUAGACGAUAUUCUCGCACCUAUAUCAGAUGAGAAAGAUAAAGAUGCGUUAGAACAGAUAAGUGAAUUUGAAGACGAAUGUGAUAAUGAUAGUGAUUGGAUCACACCAAGUAACAUUAAAAAUAUGAGGAGACAAAUGGACUCUGAUAUACUUAAGGAAAAAUCAGCUACUGUUGCAUGCUUAACAAUGGAUUUUGCAAUGCAAAAUGUUUUAAUGCAAAUAGGAUUGAAUAUAGCUUCGUUAGAUGGAAGAGUAAUCAAACAAAUGCGAACUUUUAUUUUUAGGUGUUAUGCUUGUUUCAAAACUACCAGCAUAAUGACUAAAAUUUUUUGUCCAAAUUGUGGUAAUAAGACAUUAAAAAAGGUUGCAAUUUCAUUAGAUGACAAUGGAAAACAACAAAUUCAUAUUAAUGCACGAAGACCACUUUCAGCCAAGGGAAAGAGAUUUUCUUUGCCCACACCACAAGGUGGAAAACAUGCAAAUAAUCCAAUACUUUGCGAGGAUCAACCUUUGCCUCAACAACGUGUUUCAAAAUUGGCAAGAACAAAAAAUAAUCCACUAUAUGAAGAUUAUAUAGCAGGAUUUUCUCCAUUCGUUACACGAGAUGUAUAUUCAAAAUCAGCUAUGUUAGGUAUUCGAUCAAAUGGUGGUGUUAAAUAUUGGAUGAAGAGAAAUCCAAAUGAAUCUAGAAGAAAACGAAAAUGAUAUAAGAACAAUUAAUUAUUACUUAUUAAUUAUGUAAAUGUAAUUUAUAUAAAUAUUUUUAAAGAA